UGACUGUCUCAGCAUUGGACAGAAAAGAGGUUUUCAAGCUCCACUUGCCUGCUUGAGCUUUGGCCACCACUUCUCAGCUGACAUGAAGAUCUCUGUGGCUGCCCUUGCCGUUCUCAUCGCUGCCUUCUGCUACCAGACCUCUGCUGCGCCAAUUGGCUCCGACCCGCCGACCUCCUGCUGCUUCACCUACACCUCCCGGCAGCUGCCCCGCAGCUUUGUGGUAGAGUACUAUGAGACCAACAGCCUGUGCUCCCAGGCGGCCGUUGUGUUUAUCACGAAGAAGGGCCGUGAAGUCUGCGCCAACCCCGAGCAAGACUGGGUCCAGCAGUACGUGAGUGAGCUGGAGCUGAACUGAGGUCCCGGGGCAGACCCUGCCACCCUGCGUCCCUCGGCUGCCCGGACGAGCACGCCACGGCUAGCUGUGGGCUCCCUUGGAAAUGCUUCAAUGUCAUUUAAAGCUAGUUAGGAAACUGAAAAUGUUCCAGAAUCUGACUUUAGUGUUUUGCUGUUUAAUUUUGUAUAGGGGAGGGAUCGGGUGCAAUAACUCCACUCCAGACAAAUAAGAAUAUUAUUUAAUAGUUAUUUUUUUAAAAUGAAGACUCAUGACCAGGUUAUAUUUUCUGUAUUUAAUUAAUUGUAAAUUUUUAUGUAAUAUUUAAUUCAAAUUUUGAGAAAUAAAUAUUUUUGUAGGAA